UAGGUAGCAUUAUCUCUAGCGUACGAAACGUUGUACGUCAAGUCACGUGUUCACGAUAAAGAUAAAGUUAUCGACGCUCUAAAAUCUAAACAAAUAUGGAGUGAAAUGUGGAAAAAUAUUUUCUAGAAGACACGUAUUUCUAUUCAGUAGCAUAAUAAAAAAGUGGUGUGAGGUUAGUUCAUCAUUUAUUAUCAAAGUUAGACCAUAAAUGCCGUAACCACGAUGGACUUCAUUAUCGGUGGACUGGCGGGCGCCGGUGCGACGAUCUUCACGAACCCUAUGGAUGUGGUGAAAACCCGUCUGCAACUGCAGGGGGAGCUUCGGGCGAGGAGCGAGCACACCACCCGUUACAGGGGUAUAUUCCACGGGCUGUAUGUCAUAUCCAAAAACGAUGGGGCACUGGCGCUGCAGAAAGGCCUGGCCCCAGCAAUGGUUCUGGGGUUUUGCAUGAACUCUGUAAGAUUAGGCAUGUAUCACAUAGCGGAGGUGCAAGGGUGGACCAAAACAAAGGAAGGCGACAUCAGUAUUCAUAAGACGAUAUUCUGGUCGAGCGCCAGCGGCGUGGUGAGUGGCCUAGCCGCUAACCCCGCGUCAGUCGUGAAGACGAGGAUGCAAGCCGCUGCUCAUCCAAGCAUCGCUGUAGGGAGGCAGCAUGUCUAUAACGGUAUGAUUGACGGCAUUGCACAGAUUUACAAAGUCGAAGGCAUACGUGGAUUCUUCGCGGGAGUAAAUGCUACGUGCACGAGACUCGCCAUCGGAUCGGCAGCCCAGCUCACAACGUUCUCUACCGCAAAAGAGUUGUUGCUGUCUUACGGCAUAUGCGAGCGGUCACCACUUGGCCUCGCUUUCUCAGCGAGCUGCUUGAGUGGUGCCAUGGUGGCACUUGCCAUAUGCCCUUUAGACGUCGUCGCUGUACGACUUUACAACCAGGGUCCUGCAUCAAACGGUGAACUGCUUUACAAAGGAGUUUUCGACUGCCUGAGAAAGACGUACAGAACUGAGGGACUCCACGGCCUCUACAAGGGAAUAGGCCCGCUGUACCUUAGGAUAGCUCCGCACACCACCCUAUCCUUAGUUAUAUGGGAUAUGCUAAAUAUUUUGUUCAGUAAUAAAAACAGCUGAUAGUAA